AGGCGCGCACAGUAAUGACGCCACCACGCUGACGCGGGAGGAUGGCGGCGGCGCCCGUGGCCUGGGCUAGGAGACGGUGGGCUGAGCCGCCGAGACUCGGGAGAGCCUGCCGCCCGCGCGAGGUGUAGACGGGGCACUGCCUACAGAGCAGGUCCUGCCAGCCUCGCUGGAGAGGAUGCCCCCGUGUCAGUGAUGGGCUGUGGGACAAGCAAGGUCCUUCCUGAGCCACCCAAGGAUGUUCAGCUGGAUCUGGUCAAGAAAGUGGAGCCCUUCAGUGGCACUAAGAAUGAUGUAUACAAGCACUUCAUCACAGAGGUGGACAGUGUCAGCCCUCCCAAGGCCGGCUUCCCAGCUACCAGUCAAUACGCACCUCCCUGCCCUGGUGUUCCCACUACUGGCCACACAGAGCCUCCCUCAGAACCACCACGCAGGGCCAAGGUGGCAAAGUACAGGGCCAAAUUUGACCCACGCGUGACAGCUAAGUAUGAUAUAAAGGCCCUAAUUGGACGAGGCAGCUUUAGCCGCGUGGUACGUGUGGAGCACCGGGCAACCCGACAGCCAUAUGCUAUCAAGAUGAUUGAGACCAAGUACCGAGAAGGGCGGGAGGUGUGUGAGUCCGAGCUCCGGGUGCUGCGCCGGGUGCGCCACGCCAACAUCAUCCAGCUGGUCGAAGUGUUUGAGACACAGGAGCGCGUAUAUAUGGUAAUGGAGCUGGCUACUGGCGGUGAGCUCUUUGACCGGAUUAUUGCCAAGGGUUCUUUCACUGAGCGGGAUGCCACAAGAGUGCUGCAAAUGGUACUAGAUGGUGUCCGCUAUCUUCACGCCCUUGGCAUUACACACCGAGACCUCAAGCCUGAGAAUCUCCUUUACUACCACCCGGGCACUGACUCCAAGAUCAUCAUCACUGACUUUGGCCUGGCCAGCGCCCGAAAGAAAGGCGACGACUGCCUGAUGAAGACCACUUGUGGCACACCCGAGUACAUUGCUCCUGAGGUCCUGGUUCGAAAACCCUACACCAAUUCCGUGGAUAUGUGGGCACUGGGUGUCAUUGCCUAUAUCCUGCUCAGUGGCACCAUGCCCUUCGAGGAUGACAACCGCACCCGGCUCUACCGGCAGAUCCUCAGGGGCAAAUACAGUUAUUUGGGAGAGCCCUGGCCUAGCGUAUCUAAUCUGGCUAAGGACUUCAUUGACCGCCUGCUGACCGUGGACCCUGGAGCCCGGAUGACUGCACUGCAGGCCCUCAGACACCCAUGGGUAGUGAGCAUGGCAGCCUCUUCAUCCAUGAAGAAUCUGCACCGAUCCAUCUCCCAGAAUCUUCUCAAGCGUGCUUCUUCUCGCUGCCAGAGCACCAAAUCUUCCCAGUCCACACGUUCCAGCCGCUCCACGCGCUCCAACAAAUCACGUCGAGUUCGGGAGCGCGAACUGCGGGAGCUUAACCUACGCUAUCAACAGCAGUACAACGGCUGAGCUACCAGCUGUGAUGUGGACACACUGUGACAUGUGUCACACAGCUGUGACAUGGACACACUGUCUCAUCUGGACACUUUCUGCCAUGUCAUCUGGGUCUAAUGCCUUCUCUAUAGCUAGACCUCAUGCCCAGCAGUAUGUAGACAUGUCUGGGCCCAGUUCCUCUAUACCUUUAGUAGCCCCUACCUCCUGUCGUGGGCCCGGGCCUGUUAUGAUAGAACGGUGGCCCAGGGCCAUGUGAACUGGGAGCCUGGUAGGCAGCUGCUCUGUUUGAGUUGGAAAAGGGUGCAGGACUGAGUCCCCACUGAUCUUCUUAAUUUCUGCCACUUUCUUGGACCAAGAGAGGCUACUGUGUUGGGUAGAAAUGGUCCUAGGGCUCAGGACUCUUAAACCAUUACUUUUAUAACCCCCAUUCCUCCACAGAGCAUUGGUAUAGCUCCCACAUUCUCUGCCAUGCUAAUCCUUAAGCAUUCGCUCCAGUGGGAGGUUCGGCUUGUGCCACAGCUAAAUUGCCUCAUUAGUCCUUUAGCUACAGUUAGUUUCCAGCAACUGUUUCCCCCAGCCAACAUCUAUCUUUCUUCAUGGUGCCACCGGGGACCCCUUCUAGUCCCCAGACUUGCCAGGACCUCUGGCUGUAGAGUCUGUGGCAUGGGCCUUAACCUCAGGCUCCAGCCUCUCUCUGAGAGGGAUCCUGUCUACCACCCUCAGUGCCUUUGCAGAGCCCACUGUUGUCUGUCUCUCCUACUUGGAUGCCAUUUCAUUCCCCAGCUGCCUCCUUCCCAACAGUGAGGGGUCAAAGGGAGUUCCACUGCUGCUACCUGGGGGAUGGAUGUGCCUGAAGAAGGUUCUCCUCAGAACUUCCUCAUUCGCCUUUGUUCUGUCCUUGUUUAUUGUGCUCUUGCUGCUUCCCUGCUGGAGCUGCCAGGCCCUCCUUUAUAGCUCCAUUGUGCCACCUAGUGUCUGCUCUGCGUAUAGGUGGCCAGGGGAGGGCGUGGUGAUUGGUGCACAACCUUGCAAACCCACAGCCCUCCAAUGGGAAGAGGAAAGAAAGGAGUUGCUGAAUUGGGGGAGAGUCCUGGGUUGUUCAUCUCCCUUCUGCUCAGUGUCUACAGACCUCACCCUGGAACUUAGCCGUACUGUGUUACCUGCCUCUGAACCCUGGGUGCCUUGGGUGCUGACCUUGCUGUAAGAGCUGGCCUUGUCCUGUUUGCCCUGUGCCCGUUUAUUUUCAUAGCAUUAACUUUCCAAGCUGGCCCCCCUGAGUCUCAGGCUGGAGGGAGCCCGUCUGGGAGGUAGGGCAGGGGUGGGGCAGCUUUCUCAGAGGACUGAGCCACAGCAGUCUCUAUAGCCGCCAUGGUCUCCCCUACCACUACCACGUUAGGCUGGAAAACAACUUCCCUCCCUCUGUAGCUGCUUUCAGUGGAUAGGACGGGCCAGGCUGAGUUAGAGUCUAGCUGCACUCAGCCCCUCUCAGGAGGCAGCCUCAGGAGAGGCACUCUUUUCUACAUAUGCCACCUCCACUGGGAAACCAAACCAGAGACCACUCUGUGCCAAGUCAGCUGUGCCUUAUCUAUGCUCUCUGCACACCCCUCCCCUGGACAGGAGGCGGCGGAGAGCAGAAGCCUCACGGCCUGAGUCCCCCACCUGCCAGUCCCCCAGGAAUCUGGGGGUGUGAACCACUGGGGAUUUAUUUUCUUUCUUGUCCAAAGUAGGUCUGGUUGUGAGGAUAAGACAGAGGGAGUUUAGUGUCUUGGGCCUUUGAUAGGUCCACCAGGCCUUCGUGCCACGGACCACAGAUGGAGAAUGUGCAGUUAUUUAUUUCCUGUACUCUGUAUCUUCUGUAUCCAAUAAACAUGCUGCCCUCCCUCGGGAAGGCUUGCAUUUUUUCUGACCACA